ACUUUAAACCUCGUCUAUUCCUCCGCGUGGCGGUAGGGGGCGCAGCAGGACGGCGCGGGGCACUGCGCGUGCGCGCUGAGUGGCUGGCGUUCGGAAGACUCGGCUCCCCGGGACAGCAGAGACAGCAUGAAUCCCGCCGAGGACGCCAAAGGCACCGACGCCGAGAGGCCGCGGAAGCUGGGACUCUGCCUCCUCUGCGGCUUACCCGGUGCAGGAAAGUCGACUUUCGCGCGAGUCCUAGGCCACUGGCUGCGGCAGGAGCGGGGCUGGGCCGUAGGAGUCCUGUCCUACGACGACCUGCUGCCCGACGAGUUCCUGGACAGUGCGGGCGAGCAGCCGCCGACAUCCCAGUGGAAAAUGUUUCGACAGGAACUGUUGAAGUACCUGGAAUGCUUCUUGAUGGCUCUCAUUAAUGGAUGUCAGAUGUCUGCCCCGUCCAACAAGACUGAAGCCAUGUGGGAAGAUUUUAUAACCUGCCUAAAGGAUCAAGAUCUGAUCAUUUCUGCAGCACUUGAGGCCCAGCCUUUUUACCUCUUAGCAAAAACUGCUGUUUCUCGACCUUUAGUUUUGGUUUUAGAUGACAACUUUUAUUAUCAAAGUAUGAGAUACGAGGUCUACCAACUGGCUCGGAAAUAUUCGUUAGGCUUCUGCCAGCUCUUUUUAGACUGCCCUCUUGAGACCUGUUUGCAGAGGAAUGGCCAGAGACCGCAGGCGGUGCCUACUGAGAUCAUCCGCCUGAUGGGAAGAAAGAUAGAAAGGCCCAACCCUGAGAAAAAUGCUUGGGAACACAACAGCCUUAUAAUUGGGAGUCCAGCGCAUUCAUCAGAGGCCAACCUGGAAGUGGCUGACUUAUUGCUUACUGCUUUGGAAAAUCCAGUAAAAUAUGUUGAGGACAAUAUAGAACAAAAGGAAACGGACAGGAUUAUUUGUUCAGCUAACAUUUUUCAUAAGGCUGAUCAGACACUCCGAAGAAUUGUCUCUGAGACAAUGAAGGAAGCAAAAGAUGAACAAGUACUUCCUAACAACUUGAAGCUUCUAGCAGAAGAACUUAACAAGCUCAAAGCAGAAAUUUUGGAAGACUUAAGGCAAGGAAAACUGUGCUUUCAACAAACCACUGGCAUAUCAGAUGUCAUUUCUUUUUUUUGUAAUGAGAAAGAUAAUAUUGUACAGAAAUAUUUUUCAAAGCAACACCAACAUUAAAAUAUCUGAUUACCAAUAAAAUAUCUGAUUUUGAAAAGCA